AUGGAUGUGAAAACCUCUCUCCCAAUUGUUACAAGUGCUGCUGGUGCUUAUGAUGAUGAUGGGCAUGCUAAAAGGACUGGAAAUUUAUGGAGUGCUGUGGCUCACAUCAUUACUGCUGUUAUUGGUUCUGGUGUUCUGUCUCUUGCAUGGAGUACUUCCCAGUUGGGAUGGAUUGGAGGGCCAGUUGCAUUGCUUUGUUUUGCAAUUAUCACCUAUGUUUCUUCAUCCCUCCUUUCUGAUUGUUAUAGAACUCCUGAUCCUGUCACUGGGAAAAGAAAUUACUCAUACAUGGCUGCUGUUAGAGUCAACCUGGGCAAAAGAAAGACAUGGUUGGCUGGUUUCCUUCAAUUUUUGACCUUGUAUGGGACUAGUUGUGCUUAUGUACUCACCACAGCAAAUAGUUUGAGGGCAAUUUUGAAAGCAAAUUGUUAUCACAAGGAAGGCCAUCAAGCUCCUUGUGGUUAUGGGGAUAAUUUGUAUAUGGUGAUGUUUGGAGUUGUUCAAAUUGGGAUGUCAUUCAUACCAGAUCUCCAUAACAUGGUAUGGGUUUCAGUUGUUGCGGCAAUUAUGUCCUUUACAUACUCCUUCAUUGGACUAGGACUUGGCAUAGCAACAGUUAUAGAAAAUGGAAGAAUUAUGGGGAGCAUAACAGGUAUACCGGCUGCUAACAUUGCUAACAAAUUAUGGUUAGUCUUCCAAGCACUUGGUGACAUUGCCUUUGCCUAUCCAUAUGCCUUGCUCCUUCUUGAGAUACAGGACACUUUAGAGUCUACUCCACCAGAAAACAAAACCAUGAAAAAGGCCUCCAUGGUUGCAAUCUUCAUGACAACAUUCUUCUACUUAUGCUGUGGAUGCUUUGGAUAUGCAGCUUUUGGAAAUGAUACACCAGGGAACCUCUUGACAGGGUUUGGGUUUUACGAGCCUUAUUGGCUUGUUGCCUUUGCAAAUGCUUGCAUUAUUAUACAUUUGGUGGGAGGAUAUCAGAUGUAUAGUCAACCAAUAUAUACUGCUGCUGAUAGAUGGUGCUCAAGAAAAUUCCCCAACAGUGUCUUUGCAAAUAAGUUCUAUAGAGUGCAAGCGCCUCUAUUCCCCGGUUAUGAGCUAAAUCUAUUCAGGUUCUGUUUUAGAACAGCCUAUGUGAUUUCAACCACUGGAAUUGCAAUGUUAUUUCCUUACUUCAACCAAGUUCUGGGAGUGUUAGGAGCCAUAAACUUCUGGCCAUUGGCUAUAUAUUUCCCGGUAGAGAUGUACUUGCAACAAAAGAAUAUUGGAGCUUGGACAAGGAAAUGGAUUCUUCUUAGGACAUUUAGCUUUGCUUGCUUUCUUGUGACAGUCAUGGGCCUGGUGGGGUCAAUUCAAGGAAUCAUAAGUAAAAAACUUGGCUGA